AUGGUGAAUGAAGAGAGAGCUGCAAUUCUUCAAGAUUGGUUGGCAGCGCGAACACGUGGAUUGGCUUCCGAAAGCCCAGCCGAUGUCCGGGAUGUUGCUGCAAAAGCCUUGGCAGAGUAUGAUGCAAUGCUGCAUGUAGAUGAGCCACCUCUCGCUCUUCAGCACCCAGUCACGAAAAGGUUUUGUGAUCCUCAGUGGCGUGGUUUGGACGACGACGAAGUUCCCCUACGUCCUUAUUUGGAGCGACUUGCUCAAGGUUUGGUGGAAGGGUCGGAGGGGGCGCUGCUGCCCUUGAAAGACAGGCAACUCGCAGAUCUCCUGUAUCGUGAUAAUUUGAUCCUUAAGCAUUCAGCUUCCAACCAUAUCAAGAAGGCAUUGUCUGACCAGCUCAACACCAAGCAGACAGCGACCGCACGUGACAAAGAAGAUGCUCAUGCCAUCACCGUGUGUGACAGAGACAAACGCACAUUGGUGUCUUUCCCGCGAGACUUCAUCGAAGACCGCCUCCUGUCCUUGGAAGCAAUAUUUUCUGGCGAGGCCGAGGCACAUCCCAAUAGUCCAGAACGAGAUAUGGAGAUGGUCGAUGACAACUGCUUGUUCCCGACUCUUGUCUUGGUACAGAGAUACCAGGGAACGGGCCAACGCCAAGAUGGCAAACAGGAGGUUGUGGCAUCGGGAGACACCUUCGGUUGCAAACUUCGUGAUGCAACUCCGGUCGAUUUGGUGGCAAACAUAUCUCUGUGCAGCCUGGAAAACGUUGAUAUUCAAUCAAAGGAGGAUUCCAAUUCCGAUGCAAACUUGCUUUUGUUGCAGAUGGUUGAUAGCAAGGCAUGGAGCUCUUGGGUCACACGAGUGCGCUCUUCAGGGCAACACAAAUUUUGGAUUCCUGAUUCAGGGUCAGAUCCUGCUUGCGUGCAACUUCGCAAUGAAGGUUUGAUCAUUCCAUCGGGGCCUGAGCCAGAUCAUUUUGUAAUUUCAACCAAAGGCGCGAAAGCUUUGGAGGUGAAACUGCAGGUAGGUUCUACGAUGUCAUUGGAAGAUUACCACAAGCAGCAAACAUCCUCGCAGUUGCCAGUGGCGAAGCAAUCUGGUUUUGAAUUGUUUAUGAUGAUGCUCCAUUGUGGAUGGAAUGUGGCACAUCUUGGACGGAAUGACUACUAUGCCUUGGACAAAGACAAAGAGUUUUGCAUUGGAAACGCUGGCAGGGGUUUCCAUCGAACAUAUUUGCUGGCCCUGCUUCAAGCUCAAGCACUUUUCCCUGCCGGGGUCAAAGCUAUUUUCCAUGGGCAGAGCAAAACAUACUAUGAUACCAUGCUUACCCUGGCUGAACGUGGAGAAAGUGCGCGGGAAGCGCUUGUGAAUUUUGGGCCAAACAAAUCAGCAGUUGAGUACAAAAAUUUGUUGAGAACAUUUGAUAAAAAGCAACGAAAAAACGUUUUGGAAAAGGAGCAGCUGGAUUCUCAGGGAUUGGAGGACGCUGAAGAUGAAGAGAGCAUCAUGAAAAUUCUGCAGACAGAUUUUUCGAAAGCUUCUGCCCAAAAAAAAGUGAGGUCUGCAAGUCGCAAAGUUCAAUUUCCAGAGCUAAGACCACAAGGUGUCUUGAGCAUUGACUCUUCUUCCGAAGAUGAUGCGGGUGGUGACGGUGUGAAGGAUACUUCUGGACUAGCCCGAGCCCGAGCCCCACCUGGUGCUCGGGGUCAUGGCAGUCGAUUGGCUGAGGCUGUAGCUACCAUCCAAGAAUAUCAUCAACAAGCAGCAGAGCAAAAGCAGGUCAAAAGAGCUGAGAAAAAUUCACGCUCGGUCACUAACCAAUCUGCCGAAGCUGAAAAUUUGGACAUGGAUUUGGACAGUGCCGGGGCCGGCGCCAAGCGAAGGCGCAUGUUUCUCCACACAACGAGUGGCGCGGCUGAGAUCAAACGGACUCCUGAGCAAGACAGUCAGCCUGCAGAUGAUCAGGAACCAAAUGUGAAAGACAAAUCCGCCACUGCCGAUUUGAAUGCACCAGCUGAGCCAGCUGGCCCUUCUGAACCAGCUCGGCAUUUGGCGCCUGAUCCUGAUCCAUCUUCGUCGAGUCGCCCAGCACCUGCGGAAUCAGCUAACUCUUCCAUGUCGAGUCACCCAGCACCUGCAGAAUCAGCUCAGUCUUCCAGUGAUCGUCCAGAUCGACCAAGUUCAGUUGCUUCAGCUCCGCCUCCACCUGCUGUGCGUGCUCGGGACAGAGAAAUACCAUCUUCGUCGUCUUCAAUGUUUAACUUGAGCACUGUGUGGCUGGGAGAUAUUCCAUUGAUCAAACGUCAUGACAAGGACAUAGAAUCUUGA